AUGUGGCUCUCCGUUUCUAUACUGUGUCUGCUGCAUCUGGCAACAUGCAUGCGAGAUGUCGAAGAGAUUGAAUGGAAUCGAUCUGCUUAUUUGGUGAAAACUCUGGCUGAAACCCAAGAUGGCGAUCGCGUUUUGGGCUGUACAGGCACAUUGAUCACUCCUUCGCUUGUACUCACAUCUUCGAAAUGUGUUGACAACACUGAGUCAGUUCGUUGGCUUAUUAAAAUUCGUGUGAUUUCGUAA